CACAUUUUCUGGGGCGCUCUCCGCGCUAUUCUCGCGCGAGCAUCUUUUGGCUCGGAGAGGAUUCGUGAGCUGCGCUCGUGCACGGCAAACGUUGACAGUUGGCCGCCCCGUGCCGUUGCGGGGGAAACCUUCGGACCGAAUAAUACAAGCCCGAGGCAUGGCUAUUGAAAAAAGGCGCCCAAAAGUAUCGGCGCCUCGCGGGCAUCCUGGCACUGACAGGUGCUGUGGCGGCCGCUCAUUCACGCAGCGCGCCCACUCACCUCGCUGAGCAGGUGGGCGCCGUGACAGCGCCGGAUGCAGCCGGAAGCGUGCAGGGAGGGAAAACGAAAGAGGAGCAGGAGGAGCAGGAGGAGGAACAGGGCGCCUCUCGAGGCCGGCGGGCGGAGGGGCGAGGAGGAGAGGCGCGCGCUCAGGAGCGCCGGGCCGCAGGGGGGUGCCUCAGAGCAUCGAGCGGAACUGGCCAUCGGGGGCACCUCCUCUUCGGUCUCGCCCAGCAGUGGCGCCGGGCCCUCCUCCGGCUCCCGGUCCAGCUCCCUGGGGCCGCGGGGCCUCCCGCGGAGGCCCGCUGCCGUGGCCGCCAGCAGGCACACCACCGCCGCCGACGUCGCGGCGGCCCGCGCCAGGUCGCCGGGCGAGCCCCGCAUCGGGCCGCCCAGGAGGUCGGUGGGCGGGUCCCGCGCCGGGCCGCCAGGGGGGCCGCGGUCCUCGCGGGCCGCCGCAGCGACGUCGGCCGAGGCCGGCAGCAGCUGCCGGCGGGGCAACUCCGGCAGCGCGGGCCGCAGCCGCUGCCGCUCCCGUGCUGCUCGCAGCACCACGUCCCGCUUGCCCACGGACCAGCCCAUGCGCCAAUCGUCCUCGCCCACCUCGCAGUCGAAGGAGCCCGGCUCAGGGGUCGGCGCCAGCGGCGCAUCAGGGUUGGUCACGAUCUGGCACCCUUUAUCCUC